AUGGUCACGGCCGCCAAGGUACAGGCUCGUGCCAGCUCGAAGGAUGGGCGCGCGGCGCAGCCAAGUGAUGCCGGUCGCACGGAGAUCCCCGAGGGGGACCCCGCCGCGUCCACAUCACACAGCCGCUUCGCUUCCGAAGUGUCGCAAGCGGAAAGUCAAGAGGCUUGGGAACCGCUGAGCUAUGGCGAGCAGCUGGUCCUGGAGACCUAUCUCCGCUACCGCGGGAGAAGAUACGACCGCCAGCGCCAGGAUGCCUUGUCCCAGCCGCGGAAGAUCCGCCCUCCCCCAGACGCCCACCCAGGCACAGCAGGCAUCCAGCAAGUGUCCACUGUAGUGGAAGCUAUCAGAUUGGGGUACCGCACCCUAGACACCGCCUUGCUGUAUGGGAACCACCACCUCAUCCGAGCUGCCAUCGCGCAAAGUGGCGUUCCGCGCGAGGAUUUAUUUCUCACAUCUAAGGUCGGGUUUCUCCCAAGCAGCAUGGAGCUACCAGAGGAGCACAAAGAUGCCUUUGGCUUCGAUUUUUUACCAGUGCCUCAAGAGAUUGUGCCGCGAGUCCAUCCGCUGAAUGUCAAGGGCAAGGAGCUCCCAGCCAUUCAACUCAGCCUAGAGCAGCUGGGCACUUCCUACUUGGAUCUAUGCCUCAUCCACACCCCCGCAACCUCCGCGCUGGAGCUGGCCGCGUCCUUCAUACCCCAUGCCUACGGGGCGGGGAUGCUGGCGCAGCUGCCGAAAUGGUCCGAGACCAUGGUGAGGGGGGCGCUGACUGCCCUCGCGUCUCAGGAAGUUCAGAGAAGGGUGGAAGAGGCCCAUGAGGAGCGGAAGAAGUCCUGGCAGAACCUUGAGGAGGCGCAGCGAAGAGGGCUCUGCAAGCACAUCGGUGUCAGCAACUACCCGACGGCAUUCAUGAAGGAGAUGGAUGCAUACAGGACGGCGCCAAUCUACAACACCCAGCAGGAGCUCCAUCCGCUGGCACAGUUUCGGGACGUCCAGGAGUAUGCAAGGGACGCGGGUGUGCGGCUCACAGGCUAUGGCACGGGAAUCCUCACUUCGAAUGCGGUGGCGCGGCAAGUUGCAGCACGGCUCGGCCGAACCUCAGGGCAGGUUCUGCUGCGCUGGGCCGUGCAGAGAGGAGUUGCAGUUACCCCGAAAUCGAACAAGGCCUGGCGCUUGAAGGAGAAUUUGGCGGUCUUGGAGUUUGAGCUCGAAGACAAGGACAUGAAGCUGCUGGACGCCCUAGACCAGCAGCAUGUGUUUUAUUGGAAUACCAGUCUUCUUGUUCCAGUGGCCUCCGCGCCUACCUCCACAGUGGCCGGCUCGCCCAGUUCGAGCCGCGCGGAGCUUUGA